UUAGGAAAUAUAGUCAAUAUAACACAUUUUUGGGUAAAAUACCAGUGAGGAAUAAUUCCUAAAGCUAGUGAUUUAAAAGAAAUUAUUAUGAUUUAGAAAAAAAUUAAACUGACCACUUUCUUUGCAGGAGGUUCUGAUACCUCAGCUUCUUUUUUCAGUUCAACUGGUUUUUUAUCUUCAGUUUCAUCCCCUAUAACUUCAAAGGCAGGUUUCUCUUCCUUCACUGCUUUUACUAUUUCAGAAUGCUUUUUAGCUCUUGAUAGUACUAAAGUUUUCUUGUUUUUGGGCUUUGUUGAUCCUAAGAUCUUUGCUACUGAGUCUGCCCACCCUUCAUUUGUUACUAGAGGGCCUUUGUCAUCUUCGUCUUCAUCUGAUGCGUCUUGUGAACUUCCUGCAUCUUCACUUUUUGCAUCAGACGCCUCAGCAUUCUCAUCAUCAGACGCCUCACUUUCACUAUCCGCCUCGAUUCCAUCUUCACCUUCUUCAUUCAAAUCUUCCAUUUCAUUAUUUUCUGAAGGUUCUGAUUCAUCAGCACUGGAUGAGUCUGAUUCUGAAUCCACUAGUAAUAGAAAAAAAACGUUUAUGAAAUAUUCUGACUCAAAUAAUUAUUGAAUGGUCGAAAUUAAAAUUACUUACUUGAUACUUUAAGCACGGGUUUAUUCAUUGUUUCAGCUACGACCAUACUUCUAAAUGUAUAAAAAUUAGAUUAUUUAAGCUUAGCUUACUCAACAAAUGAAAUAUUUAUAUUUUCAAAUAAAUUCACGUGUGUUUCCGACUCGUUUCCACAUGCGACUUUGACGUCUUAAUGACAUUGACACAAAAUUAAUGCUCACAAGGCGUCAAGCUAUUAUUUGGUAUGAUUUGGUUCAACAAUUUUCAUUUCAUCAAAACAAAAAUACAUGAAGUUGCAAAAAAAUAUGUAAAAAUGUCUUAAAACAACAAAAUUGUUUUCUCAUUCAUAUCUUCCGUAGUCCCAAUUGAUAUUUUAAACACAAAUAAUAGAAUCAAUUUUGACGUGUUACCAGGCGUAACAAAACGUAAAAUUGUUUUUAAAAAUAAAAUACAGCUGAUCGACAAGGCAAGAGAAGUUUUGUUUCAUUCGUAAGAAAAUGGUGGUUUUGUUCUAAACAUGGCAGCGGGUUUUGCAAAUCCUCUACCAUACGUAUAUAAAAGGGAAUACGGAGAUAUAAGAAAUAUCAAAUCAAAUUUCUUUAACAAACGUUUAGCUGUUGCAAAAAAUUUAUACCGACGGGAUCUUGUGUGCCAUUUUGGAUGUGUGAAUGCUAUAGAGUUUUCCAGCAAUGGCGAAUUACUUGUAUCAGGUGGGGAUGACAGAAGGGUGAUGCUAUGGCAAUUUGGGCAAGCAAUCCUUGACAAAGGCAAGCCUGAGCCUAUGAAAGGCUUGCACCAAUCCAAUGUGUUUUGUCUUGGCAUCACCAAUGAUAACCAGAAGAUUUACUCUGGUGGAAAUGAUGAUAUUGUGAUAGUUCAUGACACGGAGAGUAAGUGUCCACUAGAGGUGCUGCAGCAUCAGCGUGCAGUGUGCAGCCUCAGCAUCGACCCGUUCAAUGAGCGAGUAGUCACCACUGCCGGCAAUGACGGACGACUCUUACUCUUUGACACCAGGCAAUCUGUACAUGAAUCCUUGGUGAUAUCUCGCAGUCGCAAGGCGUUCCAUGGCGUGAUGUUCCAUCCUUCGCAGUCAGGGAUACUCACCUCGGCGAAUGCACGCGAUGGAGUCGCUCUGUGGGAUCUUCGUGCACCUAAACACCCAGUCAUCCGGUAUGCAGGGGUGAAUGGUACUUGCCAGAACUGUAUGAGUGUCCGUUUCAACUCUCCUGGUACCCACAUACUAGCACUCCGGAGAAGACAAGCUCCAGUUCUCUAUGCUGUACACUCCCCGGAACCCGUGGCAGACUUCUUUCACCAAGACUAUUAUAAUUCCUGUACGAUGAAGAGCUGUACGUUUGCUGGGGAGGGAGACAAGUUUGUAAUGUCAGGAUCAGAUGACUUCAACCUCUAUAUGUGGAAGAUACCGGAGGAUGGUGCUGGAUACCAUGUUCCGGUGGCGCCCCCACACAUAGUCCUGUACGGCCAUAGGUCUAUAGUAAACCAAGUGAGAUAUAAUCCUCACUACUGCCUCAUUGCUUCAUCGGGUGUCGAGAAAAUAAUAAAGGUGUGGUCAGCGGUGGAGUUCCCGAAGAUGCGUGGUACGUUACUGGAAGAGGCGCAAGGUUCGGACAAUCCGCGUGAGAUAUACAGCCACGAGGACUAUGUCUCCCUGGUACAUCACAGUGGCCAAUACAUAUCACACAACUACGCGGAUCAGUCGACGAGCGAGGACCCACGUAUGAUGGCGUUCUUUGAUUCCCUCGUGCAAAGAGAGUUGGAAUGUUUGGGCGACGAGACGGACUCUCUCGACGGAUCCAGUUCCUGUCAUUCUACACUCGACAACGAUUCAGACUCAUCUGAUACUGACCAGAUUAUUUUGGACUUUCUACCUUUACCACGGAAACGAGUUACAGCAAAUCAAAAUGGAAAUCGCAGUCAACGUGUUCCCAACAGACUGGCGCGGCUCGUUGCACAGCGGUAUCCGAAGAAUUUGCGCUCACAGAAGAGAGGAUCCCUCAGGAGGAGUAAGCAGUCGCGCGCGUCGCUGAGCAAGUCGAGCAGUAAGGGCGGCGCCAGCAGUAAGGGCAAGCGAGCCGCCUCGCGCCGACUGCGCGGCCCGCGCCGCCUCGCACCGCGACUCCUGCGCACCGCGCCCCGGGGACACGCACGGGUCUCCGCGCCCUCUAGCGAGCGGACCGACUCUGACGAACCCACGCAUACCAUGUUCCGCAAUAGUGGCAGGAUGCUCAGACCUCCUCUACGGCGACGUGUAAACCUCACAAGAACAGCAAAAAGAAAAAAUAAAGUCACUAGUUAUAGAAAACCACUUAAUUUAAGAAGUAAUGGAGCAGCCAUGGCACAAGACAGUAGUGAUAAUAAUAAUUUUUCUAACUUUGAUAAUUUUGAUGACAACUUAGCUCAACCAAGCACCAGCACAGGUUACAGGGGCCAAAGCACAUCAGGACUAUUUAGGAUAGUGGAGGUGGAUUCAGACGAUGACCAAUCGGUGAGCAGUCGGCCGAUAUCUCCACGAAACCAGAACGGCAACCAAAACAUUCCGCCAAACCUCGUCAGCAUUGUACCUACACCUGUCAACGGGUCGCGGGACUCGCUAGGAGAGUCUCUGCGCGUCGAGCCGCCAGAGUCGGAAAGCAACUACUCGUCACCUCCACCUCCAGAGCACAGGCGGAUGAACCUACGAAGAGUUCGACGGAAUGGUCGGCUCAGUCUACAUAGAUCAGAUUCCAGCGAAUCUCCACCUCCCAAAGAGCCAGCAGAUCGGGCCAGCACAUCUGUCGAAGUAGAACAGCAUUCACCUAAAGUAGGGUACAAUAGGACUGUUGCGAGACUCAUGAAUGAAACCAACGAAAGUGAGUUAGAAAGUAGCUAUAGCACUGAAAGCUGUAGUAUGUGGCCAGCGCCUGAGGCUUGCACCCCAGACAGUGGAGUCGGAACUGUAGCCGGCAGUAGUACUAGAAACCCACAACCCACAGACGACGUCUCCGAUGACCCAGAGUACCAAGCUUUCAAAUUCCGACAACGAGUGAAAAAGGCGCGGCGCAACUACAGAGAACACAUGGACUCAGACUCUAACUGAACUGAAUAGAUAGUUACAUAAAUUGUGUUCUAUAAUUAUGUAGUGGUUCUACUGUAAGUGAACUAACUAUCCAACGACUGCAUCCUAUACUAUUAUUGUUAUAUACUACUAAGAACUCUUAUAGUUGGAGUCCUAUGGACACUGUAACAGUGUUAUGUUGUUAAACUAUGUGUUUCUAUCUAUAUUACGAUUUUUAAGGACUACGAAGAAACCAAGUAGUCACAACCUAAAGUUAAGAGUGUGUAGAACCAAAUUACAAAGCAGUAGCACGCUAAGGAUUUGAGUAAAACUAGACAGCUAGAUGGCACAAAUUCCUAUGUACCAACAAAAUCUUAACAACAAAUUAAUGAAAUGUUGUUCUGCAUACAAUGGUUUUGCUUUUGUAUAGUUUUAUUAUUAAUAUAAAGACGAUAUAUGUGAUCUAAUUAUUAUUAUCAGAUAACUUAAUCUAGUAUAUAAGAACCAUCAAUGUUCCCCUAAAAAGGUUGUUAGCAUAAAUCCAUGCAAAUAUAAAUACUUG